AUGCAGCGCGGCAGACGCAAGGUCAAGCGCCAGCGCAACGAAGCCCCAAGGACAGAAGUCUGCUACGACUUCGGUGUUCCAAUGUCAGCUAUCGAAGCUUCGCUUGAGUUUCAGGAAGGCCCCUUCGCCCUGGGCCACUCUCCCAACAACUCCCAUCUGGACCGGCAAUCGGUUUGCAACUCGUGGACUGCCGGCGAACUGGAUGUGGCCGGGAAACUUGUGCCGCUGUGCAGAGGGUGCCAGGUGAAGUGCCACAACGCCUGCGCGAAGGUCGGGAAUGGAAGUGGGCACCCAAGUGACACAGUUGCCGCCACCUCAACUGCCCUGCUCGCCCUGGACAGAGCAUGGGAGGACUACCUUAAUAAGCUGCGACUGGACAAUGGCAUGCUCAUCCGCCGCUGA